UCAUAUGCUGUAGUUAUAAAAUCUUUUUUUCAUUACACCUGAAAAGAUCUUUUUCUGUAGUGCUUAGAUUUGAUCAAUUUGUUGCAUCUGACAAUAUUGACAAUAUAAUUAAAUAAUGGCUUUGAAUUUUUUAAGAAUUUGCAAUGAGCCAAUUAAAGCCAGUGACUCAAAGUCUUACUUACAAAAUGAAUCAACUUCUUUACAACAGAAUGACGGCAACACUCAACCAAAGCACGAACUCAUACUCUCCAGAAGCGAAGGCAGCCUUCGCCACGACGGUUAUCCUCAUGAUUCUCUUCAUCAUCGCGGGAAACCUGUUAGUCAUCAUCGCUGUUUUGACAAGUCGUUCUCUGAGAGGGGCGCAGAAUCUCUUCCUGGUGUCGUUGGCUGCGGCGGACAUCCUGGUGGCCACGUUGGUCAUGCCGUUCUCGCUGGCCAACGAGCUGAUUGACUACUGGCACAUCCCCCCAGUGGUGUGUAAGAUCUUCCUGGCGCUGGAUGUGUUUUUGUGCACGUCCUCCAUCAUCCACCUGUGCGCCAUCAGCUUGGACCGCUACUUGUCUGUAUCACAUGCUGUGACGUACGCGGUGAAGAGGACGCCACGCCAUAUCAAAUGCGCCAUUUUGGUCGUUUGGCUCAUCUCCACUGUCAUCUCUUUACCACCGCUGUUCUUCAUGAACAUAAACCAGGGCAACUCCAGCUCCCCUUUUACAGCUCGGUGCGAGCUCCAGGACGAGGCCUGGUACAUUCUUUUCUCCUGCACCGGCUCCUUCUUCGCCCCCUGCCUCAUCAUGAUCUUCGUCUACAUGCGCAUUUAUCAGAUUGCAAAGCAGCGCACACGAUGCCCAUCAGGAAAUCUGAGGAAGGAGAUCCCUGCUGAUGCCACAACUACAAAAGGCAGCAUAAGAUAUGUCACCACAAGACCAUUCACUCAUGCCAUGGCCCAAGCUGAAGAAAAAACACAUCCAGGACGCACCAAGGCCCUGAAAUUUGACCUUUUGCCAGCCAAAGAGAUGGAUCCCAGCACUCCUAACAGUCCUCCAGACCAAUCUCCUUGCCUUUCACCUUUCAUCUCAUGCAAGCAAAAGCAAGUUCCAGCCCCCAACAAACCCAAACAGGCCAAGAAGGAGAAGUGGUAUAAAUUUAAACCAGACAAAAACAACUGUCAGAGCUCAAGCUCCAAUUCAGAUAUGGAGAAUGAGUGGGAAAAUAUUCAGGGUUCUGAUACUCUAGGUGUUGAUCCUAACACUGGUCUUCACUCGCAAGCCACCAUUCAGAAUUACAACCCCAUCUCCGUUCGCCGCAAAGGCAUGUUGAUCCGAGAGAAGCGCUUCACCUUCGCCCUGUCGGUGGUGAUCGGCGUGUUUAUCUUCUGUUGGUUCCCUUUCUUCUUCUCCUACAGCCUUAAGGCUAUUUGUCCAGACACGUGCAAGCUCCCCGAGCCCGUCUUCACGUUCUUCUUCUGGAUGGGAUAUUUCAACAGCUCCCUCAACCCCGUCAUCUACACCAUUUUCAACAAGGACUUCCGCAGUGCCAUUAAGAAGAUCCUCUGCAAAAACACCAAGGGUACACUCUUUUAAAACAAAAAAAAAACAAACAUUUUAAAAUACCGUAGA